AGUCCUUCACCUCUGUCUCUUCUCCCUACCUGCACAUAUAAGACCCUAGCCACACUUGGGAGAUGAGGAGGGGAGGGUGCCUGCAGCAAGAUGGAUGUGGGCAGCAAAGAGGUCUUAAUGGAGAGCCCGCCGGACUACUCAGCAGCCCCCAGGGGCCGGUUCAGCAUCCCCUGCUGUCCUGUGCACCUCAAACGCCUUCUCAUCGUGGUCGUGGUGGUGGUCCUUGUCGUCGUGGUGAUUGUGGGGGCCCUGCUGAUGGGUCUUCACAUGAGCCAGAAACAUACUGAGAUGGUCCUAGAGAUGAGCAUUGGGGGGCCAGAAGCCCAGCGAUGCCUGUUCCUGAGUGAGCAUGUGGGUGGCACGGCCACCUUCUCCAUUGGCUCCACUGGCAUUGUGGUGUAUGACUACCAGCAGCUCCUGAUCGCCUACAAGCCAGCCCCGGGAACCUGCUGCUACAUCAUGAAGAUGGCUCCGGAGAGCAUCCCAAGUCUUGAGGCUCUCACUAGAAAAUUCCAGAACUUCCAGGUCAAGCCUGCAAUGUCUCCCUCUAAGCUGGACCAGGAGGAGGGCCAUGAUACUGGUUCAGCAUCCUCUGGGCACCUGGACUUCUUGGGCACCACCGUGAGCACCCUGUGUGGCGAGGUCCCCCUCUUCUACAUCUAGGACCCCUCAGGGCCUGUGGAAGCCCCAAGGAGAUGGGGAAGGCUCCCAGCACGGGGUCUUUUGCAGACCGGCAGGAAGCUGCUACUGUGCACACCACAGAGACAGGCCCUGGAGAAGUGGGGGCUUCAGGGAGAGGGGGACGCUGCACGGGAGAGGCAGCUCCUAGGGGCCAGGGGGCUUCCCCCACAAGAGAAUAAAGCAGCCUGAUUGAAAA